CCAAACCGAAGUUAUAUAAGUGCCUCUAACCCUUCUGUUUCUUCAUCGCCAAACCCAUUUCUUCAAAAUAUAUAAAACCCUUUCUAGGUUUAGCUUUUGAAUUAUUACACAACUUUCUUCUGUAAUUAGAUUCUUGAAGAAAUGGGUGUGGCAUUGGAAGGGGAGACAAGGGAGAGGUGGGUAUUGAUGACGAGGAGACAACGGAUCAUUGCGAGGAAUAGAUCGAGAAGGGUUUUAGUGAAGAGGAGGAGGCCGAAGCGUGCAGAAGCUUCUAGAAGAUCCUCGAAGGCGAUCGAGAGGCGGGUCAAGACGUUGAAAGAGCUAAUCCCAAACACUAGUACUCGCCGCGAAUCGACGAGUUUGGACGGGCUUUUCAGAGAGACGGCUGAUUACAUUUUGGCAUUGCAAAUGAAAGUGAGGGUCAUGCAGGACAUGGUUCAGGUUUUGUCACAACCUAAACUUGUCUGAAUAUUUUUUUUUAUUUGUUGUUCUUAUUAUGUAAAUUACGUUGUUU